UCAUAUGAUCAGCUGUGCCCAAUCACAGCUGAUCACAUGUAAACAGGAAAUGCCGGGCACUGAUGAUCAUGAUCAGUGUAGCCCCAGCAGUGCCACCUGUCAGUGUCCAUCAGUGCCUUGUGUCAGUGCUCAUCAGUGCCACAUCAAUGCCACAUAUCAGUGCCUACCAGUGCACAUCAAUGCCACAUAUCAGUGCCCAUCUGAGCUGCCUUUCAGUGUCACCCAUCAGUGCCAGUCAGUGCCACCUAUCAAUGCCAAUCAGUGCCACCUAUCAAUGCUGCAAGUCAGUACCGCCUAA